CGCCUUCCGUGAGCAUCAGCUGAAACUGGAGAUGACCAGGUACCUGUGAAGGGUUGGCUUUCAACAUGGCCUUUUCUUCUGUUCUGUUUCUUCUAACCACAGGCAGUUAAAAGGGGGACGUUAGGUUAUUAACAUACAAUGGAGAUGUCUAUUGUUAUACGUAAUCUUAUCACUGAAGCCAGGUACUUAUAGUCAAGGGGAAAAAGAGAUGAAGGACAGUGUGUUUUCCUACAUUUUUCGGACUGCGAGAGUCUGGGGAACUGUUCUACGACCUGCCAUCUGAAAAUACAAGGGUAAUUUAUUUUUUGUAGAGACUUGUUUUGGGGAACUUUGAUUUUUGAUAAUUAUUUUUUUUCCUGUGGGAGAAGAGAGCAACUUUUAUUUCAGACUGAUGGGAUCGUCAGUCAGACAGCGAGAGAGACAGAGAGCCAUGCAAUGCCAGCGUGUAAAGGAGUGUGUGUGCUGGCCGUGUGGGGGCUGGAAGUUGGCUGUCUGGCUGCUGGCAUCCCUGCUAGGGUCCCUGCUACUGGUGGCUGUCGGAGUGACACUGCAGAUCGGAGAUUUGACCGAAAUCAGCAGAAGAGCCAUGCCUGCCAAUGGGACCACGAUGACGACCUCCAUGAAGACAACACAUUCCCAAGUGCGUCUGGUGAACGGGCGUGACCGGUGUGAGGGCCGUGUGGAAGUGUGGCACAACGGAACGUGGGGUACGGUGUGUGAUGACGACUGGGACAUGGUAGAUGCCAAUGUGGUGUGUCGGCAGCUGGUCUGCGGUCUGGCUGUGGCGGUGGGUAGCAUCUCAGAGUACGGCCAGGGCUUGGGGCCCAUCAUGCUGGACAACGUAGACUGUAAAGGAGGGGAGACCGACCUGGGACAGUGUGGCAGUCUGGGCUGGAGAAUCCAUAACUGUUACCACUACGAGGAUGUAUCGGUCACAUGCAAAGUUCCAUCAGUGGUGGCGUCACGAAGCCUCGGUGAGGCCGCCACUUCAUCUCGGAGAAACUCGGCUUUAAGAGAUGGUAGGAUCCGGUUAGUUGGUGGACUGGACUACUGCCAGGGACGGGUGGAGGUCUUCUACCAGGGCAGCUGGGGGACGGUGUGUGAUGACGACUGGGGUAGGAGAGACGCAGGGGUGGUGUGUCAGCAGAUUGGCUGUGGCCACGCUGUUUCCUCCACCACCAAUGCCUACUUUGGUUACGGCACAGGACUGAUUCUACUGGACAAUGUCAACUGUAAUGGUUACGAGAACCAGCUGAGUAAAUGCUACAGCCUGGGAUGGGGGAUACACAACUGUGGACAUCAUGAGGACGCUGGGGUUAUCUGUUCAGGUUCAGGCUCCACCACAGUUUCUACCAAGAACACAAUGCCCAUGGGAAGGGGAUUCUUCCAGACUGCCAGCAUUACAGGUCUUAUUCUAGUGACCGACCGAACAGAACCAGUCAAGACCACUACUACAACUACCGUGACAAAGACAAUGGUUGCUAUGACAACCAAAGAGCGUCCCGUCAUCCGCGUGGUGAACGGUAAUAGCAGCUGCGAGGGUCGCGUGGAAGUGUUCCACGGUAACCUCUGGGGCACGGUGUGUGACGACGACUGGCAGCUGCCCAACGCCCAGGUGGUGUGUAGGCAGCUGGGUUGUGGUCCCGCUAUCGCCGCCAAGAUCCUGGCCUUCUUCGGCUACGGCUCGGGUCCCAUCUUGCUGGACAACGUGGACUGUACGGGCAGUGAAAUAAAACUGGAGAAUUGUUUCAACCUGGGCUGGGGACAGCACAACUGUGGACACCAUGAAGACGCUGGAGUUAUCUGUGCACCCUUUCAGCCUGUUCGAGCUGGAAGAGACUUCACCGUGACAGAAACAACAACUAGACCACCAAGUGACGGCAUGGUGAGGUUGGUAGGCGGGCAGCACCACUGCGAGGGUCGGGUGGAGAUGUUCUCGGGGGCGAAAUGGGGUACGGUGUGUGACGACGCCUGGGACAUGCCAGAUGCCCAGGUGGUGUGUCGCCAGCUGGGCUGCGGGGAGGCUGCUGCGGCUCGCGGGGAGGCCUACUUCGGGCCCGGCAACGGCACCAUCCUCCUGGACAAUCUGAAGUGCAGUGGCUCCGAGGCCUCGCUCCAGCAGUGCUCGCACAUAUCCUGGGAUGUACACAACUGUGACCAUUCUGAAGACGCUGGCGUCACGUGCUCACUGUCGUGAUUCGAGAAGCGAUUCGCCGCCAGGGAGCCGUCAAACUACUUCCACUGUCAACUAAUAGGACGGGCGCCUUGGUGGGCAUAACCCGGGACUUGUAAACAUGAUGUAAAUAAAAGCUCACCCCAAUGCCAAAUGGAAGGAAGACAACAACAACAAAAUAAAUAAAAUAAAAAAUAAAUAAAACAAAUUAACAUAUGACAAUAUAUUAUUAAAUAUUCUGAUUAUCUAUUCCUAUUAAGCACUUUAUAAAUAUAAAUAAAA